CACAAGUGGCUACACCCUGUUUUCUUUAUACCUAUUGUAGGCGGUUUGAUUUAUCCGUUAUCUAAUCGUGUGUUUGUUUUUAUUCGCUUGCAGACUUCCACAAAGACCACCACGACCACAAUGACUACACCAGCAAAGCUGUAUGGAAAGGACUUGAGUCAGUACGAUGACAUAGAUGUAGACGAACUCCUCAAUAAGCUUACUGCUGAAGAAGUUAAUAUUCUAGCCAAAGAAGUAGAUCCAGACGAUACAUUUUUACCUCCAUCUGAAAGGACAAGUUACGAAUGUGAUAAAGAUCCGACGGGGCCACUUAACAGAAAACAGCUCAUUGAACACAUAAACAAAGAAGCCCUAGAAACGCCAGAUCGACCCGAAGUUCAACCUUAUGUACCCGGUGUCGUACGAGGGAAAAAAUGGAUUCCACCUCCUCCUCCACAGCAAAUUCAAGAUGCCCCGAAAAAAUUACAGUGGAUUUGGGCGACGAGUACGAGCAAGCUCUAUCGACAGCCACACAAGAAGAAAUUAUAGACUUAGCAGCCAUUUUGGGUUUCCAUUCGAUGAUGAAUCAGGACCAGUACCACGCGUCGCUCCUGAACAAAGGUCAACCGGUAGGCAUGGGUUGGGAUGGUAUCACGAAAGCUUCCAAGCCAAAGAUAUACCCCAUGGACCCGCCGAAUAUGACAGAUACAGAAGAGUCGAUCAGGAAAGUAGAAGACGAUGAUAGCAAAUUCAUCGACCUUAACUGGAAUAAUAUUAAGAAUAUAGCCGAUGAGAAGUUUGACCGCCUAUUCGCCGCGUUAAUAAACAACACCCAUCUGGAGACUUUGUCAUUGGUGAACACGGGCCUUCACGAUAGGCACGCAGAAAAAUUGGCACAGGCCGUUGAACAGAAUGGAACCUUGAGGGUGCUCAAUGUUGAAACGAACUUCAUAUCGCCGCAGGGAGUUGUCAGGUUGGUCAAGGCGCUGUUGAAGAAGUGCAGUAUGGAAGAGUUCAGAGCCACCAAUCAGAGGUCGCAAGUAUUGGGUAAUAAAAUAGAGAUGGAAAUAACGCAAUUGAUCGAAAAGAACCCGACCAUUCUGAGGUUAGGACUGCAUUUAGAAUACAACGAUGCCAGACACCGUAUCGCCACACAUCUACAGCGUAAUAUUGACACAAUACGAAAAGACUUAAAAAUGCGACUGCAGUUCAGGUUCUUUAACCACAGGAAAACACCGUUGAUCAAGUGAACAAAACACAUACUUACAGUGAAGCUAGAAGACGCCGUAUGGGACAAUUGCCGAAGAACUAUUUGGUGGGCUAUCUGGUUUAAAACCAAGAUGGCUGCAGCGAUACCAGAGUCAAAGGCAUACAACUGUCUCUCAUAUUUGCGCGCUUUUCAUUCAAACUUCACUCUCACCAUAGGCUUACGUAUACUAUAUUUUAGGAUUACUUUAUUAUUAUGAUUUAUUAUUAGCGAUGAUUUUGGCUGUCACACAAAGAAACAAAACAAUUGUGAAACAAAGAUCAGUUAGUCUCUCUGUAUUUCUACAUUUUUCUUCAAAGUAAGACUGUUUUAUACGUAAUAAAUAUAAACGCAGUAAUUGUAUUCGCAUAAUCCAACACGUUUCCGUUUGACUAUGAAUUAUUUUGUGCAAUAUUUCUAAAAUUAAUAAUGGCUCGAGAACCAUAUUAUGAAGGUUAUAAAAUAUUUCAUCUAAUUUGUCUUUGUGAGAUUCAGCUAAAACGUCGUGUAUCUGUGUCGUUAUAAAAUCACGUUUACCUCUUUACUAUCUCUCUUCAAUGUGCAAUAAGUAUUUUUGUAAUAAGAAACGGCAACCGGUGACGCCAUAACGUGCAUUGUAAACAUAGAUUAAAGGUGGAAGCUUAAAGUAGGACUAACCCAGUGGAUUACUUCUAGUAUGCAUCGAUGACGUCAUACAGUGACAGUUUAAAUAAUGACAGUUGACGGUUGUUCUCAUAAAUGUCACUAUCGUGACCUCUAUACUAUCAGCAAACGUAAAGUGAGAAUGUAUCAUUGUUUCACCUGAAAUUGUAUUUUGUGUGCCGUAUUUUUAUAACGAAAAAAUAGUUUAUCACUGCCAAUUGAAGGUGACAAAAAAGCAAAAACUGUUUAACGACACGUUUAUUUUUACGUUUAGUUUGAAUUGUGAUAAACUUUGAAAAAUUACAUUUAGAGGUGAACCUUUAGCGAUUGGUUACAUAUGCAUGAUUAAUAUAUUUUGUCGACUAUUAACAUGUUGGUGAUUUGAUUUUCUAUGUAAAUAUUGUUUGCGAUACAACCACACAUACUUUAGAUAUUGUCAUCUUGUGAACGCUUUUGUGCAAAAAUUAUAUGUGAACGAAACUGUAUGUCUAAGAGUGAUUUUUCUGUGGAAGCAACAGUUUAAAUCAUACUUAAUACGCCCCUAGUGAACCAUUGUCGUGUGUAACUGUAUCAUUUUGAAAUCAGUCAAAUUCUUUAUCAAGUAUAACUCUAUAUCAAACACUUCUGAUAUGAUCAUUAUUACCCGAGAUUAAGAUGGUUCUACGCGUUAAAACGCUUCGGUUUGUGUCCCAAGAAGAAUGCCUUUAGAUGAUUUUAUCGUAUAUGGCCCGCUUUACGCAAGCUUAAACCGAGUUAAGAAUGGUCAUAUCGUAAGUGACAGCUGAUAUAUAUCAAGAAGUAAUCGUUCGUUAACGCUGAUAAAAUGUUGAUCUUGGUGAUCUGUUGUUUCCACAAAAUUAGACAUUGUAUAAUAGUCGAUAUUUUUGUAAAUAGUUUUAAAAUUUUAGGAGCUAGACUCUUCAGAAGUAUUUUUAAAGCGAUUAUUAUUAUUGUAUGUUUUUAUCGAUUGAUUUUAUGUUAUACUCUCCUCAUUUCUCACAUGUCUUCGCUCUAUUAAAAGUUAAUAAUUUCAUCAUCACUACUCCUAAAAUGCAUUGAGGAUAAUAGCGAAAAUAUUUUAAUUGUAAUUUACAUCAAAUAAAAUUAGAGACAUCUU